AUGACAUGGGAUUAUCUAGAAGGAUUAUUUGAGAGCCGGUGGCGUCCACUCCCAGACUUGCCCAAGCCUGCUGCAAACGGAUCAGCGAGGCGGCUAGAGGCGGAGCUCUGCUGCCAAAUCUGCAACGCUGCCUUUUUUGGGAUUUUUUUAUUCGAUCUAUUGUGGCGGUGGUCUGGUGUAGUUUCAAAACUGGUUUGGGGUGGUGGUGAUGAUAGUGGUGGGAGUGGUGAUUGCCGUGUACAGUGGGUGCGGUGGUGGGAGUUGUGGUUGGGUGUUGUGCUUGCGGUGGUGAGAGGUGAGAGAUUGGAGCAUCCACCUUUCGCUGGAAAGUCGCCGACACAUUUCCUUUGUAUUCGUCUCCUCCAUUGCUUUUGGAUUUCUCAGGUAAGGGAAAUGGCUGGAAAAGGUGGCAAGGGGCUUGUAGCGGGGAAGACGACGGCAGCUGCUGCAAACAAGGACAAAGACAAGAAAAAGGCGCCGAUUUCUCGGUCAGCUCGUGCUGGUCUUCAGUUUCCAGUCGGUCGUAUUCAUCGUCACCUAAAGUCAAGAACUAAUGCCCAUGGAAGGGUUGGAGCCACAGCAGCUGUUUAUUCUGCUGCAAUUCUUGAAUAUCUGACAGCAGAAGUGCUUGAGUUAGCUGGAAAUGCAAGCAAAGACUUGAAAGUUAAGAGAAUUACGCCUCGGCAUUUGCAGUUGGCCAUUCGAGGGGAUGAGGAGCUAGACACCCUCAUCAAAGGAACCAUAGCUGGUGGUGGUGUGAUUCCUCACAUCCACAAGUCCCUCAUCAAUAAAACCACCAAGGAAUGA